AUGGCAAUUACUUUCAAAUCAAUAGCUCUCUCCAUAAUCACCCAAUUAUGCCUCGUCUCUUGUGUGUUAAGUCAACAACAAGAAACCGAAUUUCUUCACCACGGAUUUUUCGAAGCCAAUAUACUAAAGUACGGAUCCUCCAAAAUCCUCCCAAGUGGCAUCUUGGAGCUAACAAACAGCUCAAGGAGGCAAAUGGGCCAAGCCUUCCAUGGCUUCCCCAUACCCUUCAAAAGCCCUAACUCAUCAAACUCGCUAUCUUUCUCCACAAGUUUCGUAUUCUCAAUAGACGCACCAGGUCACGGCCUAACCUUUAUGAUCUCUCCGUCCAUGGACUUCACACGAGCCAUGCCGAGCCAGUUUCUCGGUCUCUUCAACACAUCAAACAACGGAAACUCAACAAACCGAAUUCUUGCUGUCGAAUUCGACACGGUGAAGUCAAACGAGUUUUUGGACAUCGACGGUAACCACGUGGGGAUCGACGUGAACGGUCUGGUCUCCGUUGAAUCUGCACCGGCUGCGUUUUUCUCCAACCGGCAAAGCAAGAACAUAAGCUUGAAGCUGUCGCAAAAAGACCCGAUUCGAGCAUGGAUCGAAUACAAUGGAAGGGAAAUGCUUCUCAAUGUUACAUUGGCUCCUCUUGAAACUUCUAAGCCUAAGAUUCCUCUUUUGUCAAGAAAUAUGAAUCUCUCUGAGAUUUUCGUGGAGAAGAAGAUGUAUAUCGGGUUUUCGGCAUCCACAGGAAACAUCACGAGUAAUCAAUAUGUUAUUGGAUGGAGCUUUAACAGAGAAGGGAAAUCAAAAGACUUUGAUAUCAGUUUGCUUCCUUCACUUUCGACCUCGUCUCCAUCAGAUUUUGAUGACUAUGAUCCCAUUUCCAAUCCUCCAGAGGAUUCAGCAACCGCAAAGCCUAAAUGCACCAAACUGAUGAUAAUUACACUUGCAAUCAUGGUGUUUAUGAUUUGA